GCGCGCUGGUCGCCUCUGUCGUGCUCGUCCGCCCCGUCGCUGCUGGCUUUCGACGGUCCGCGAGUUGUAUGGUUGUCUGUCCGCUGACGAUGCUGCAGUACUACCGCGCCUGUUUGCCGGCAUCACAGGACCAGCGCGUGCCGAGCGCGUCGCCGCCGCUGGACUUCAUGACAGAGCCCUCGCCGCCGCCGCCGCCGCCGCACGCCCACGCCGCCGGCCACCAGACCGGUGAAGAGAUGUGCGCAAUGCUGCAGAAGAGCUGGGGUCCGCCGCGGCUGGACCCGCCGCCGGAGCCGGCCGAGCUAGAGCCGCUGCCCGACCACAUGUAUAUGGAUAUGUCAGAGCAGCCGCGCCGCGAGUCCGCCUCCCAGAUCGACGAGUUCUUCACGUCGGCGGCGCGACGGCGCUCGUCGUUCACGGCGAUCCUCUCGGCGCUGCACGGCCGCGACGACGACGACGUGUUUGUCAAGCCGGAGCCGGAGGAGGCGCCCCUGGCCGGCCUCGCCGCGGCCGCCGAGCCGGCGCUCGGUCUGCUGCCCGGCUGCCUGGAGCAGGAGCCGCGCUUCGAGUUCACGGCUCCGGCUGUACCGCCGCCACCGCCGCCUCACCACCACCAUCACCAACACCACCACCAGCAACAGCAGCAGCAGCAGCAGCAGCAGCAGCAGCAGCAGUCACCGCACAUCAAGUGCGAGCCGGGCGCGUACCGAACGGCGGCGUCCCAGCCCGGCUUCGCGGCACUUCACGCCGGCUACGGCGGCGGCUACGGCGGCACACCGUUCCCGCUACGCUGCUACCUGCCACCGACACCACCACACUCGGACCCGGGCUCGGCGAGCCCCGAACAGCUGGCACAGGGUCGGCGCACGCCGCCUCCGCCGUACCGCCGGCAGCAGCCGCCGCCGCCACCGCCGCCGCCGCUCGCCUGGCUGCCGCCGCACCCGCUGCUCGGCGCUGACAGCCGGCAGCUGUCGGUGACGACGAUCCCGGCGCAGCCGACCACGCCGACCAUCGUCGAGCCGCGCCGCUACAACCGGCGCAACAACCCCGAGCUGGAGAAGCGGCGCAUCCACCGCUGCCACUUCACCGGCUGCACUAAAGUCUACACGAAAAGCUCACAUCUGAAGGCGCACCAACGCACGCACACAGGCGAGAAGCCGUACCUGUGCUCUUGGGAGAGCUGCAACUGGAGCUUCGCCCGCUCGGACGAGCUGACCCGGCACGUGCGCAAGCACACGGGCGCCAAGCCGUUCGUCUGCAAGACGUGCCACCGGGCGUUCGGCCGCUCCGACCACCUGGCGCUCCACAGAAAACGCCACGAGCCGAAGGUGAAGAAGUAGCCGGAGGUGACGCGCUUCAGCCGGAGGGGAGUGUCGAAGUUGACCGGCGUCUCAUGACUGUCGCCCGAGCGAGAGCGACGACACGCUAGCGCAGGUGGUCUGCGAGAGCCUGCGGGGCUUCUGCGUCAUUGGGCUAGGCUUGUUCGGUUGGAUGUAGGUGCUGUAUGAAUGUUUGAAACAAGGGUGAUUAUUACUGUCCUGGACGGUGAGCACGGCGGAGGUGCGCUCACAGCCUCGCCGCGGGCCAGUGUCUGUCAAAACCGAGCGCACGACUUAAGGGUCCAUAUCAAACAAAAUCAAACAUUUUUGCAAACGUUGCUGAACUCGCGUGCCAUACAUGUGCCAUACCAUCACUGUCACUGUCCAUCGUAGCAUGUAGCUGAUCACGAAAGCCGCUUGCUGGCGGUCUCCGAAGCAGCAGCGGUGAGCCAGGCGUCUGCGCUAACUCCGUCGGGCCGCCCUGGCCGGAGCCGCGGGCCGGAGGCGACAGCCGCCUUCCGGACCGCGGCUCCGGCUGUAUGAGGCUCGCGCCGCCGCCGGCGGCGCGGGCUG